UGGAGAACUGAGCAGUUGGCCAGGAUGCCCUGACUGACAGACAACAACAGUCCAAACCGACCAAACCAAAACUCAGCACUAAAGGGUUCCCAGUGAGCCAAACUGGAACAGAAAGAAAAGGAGUUCAGGGAUCUGGAUCGAGAGGCCGAGAAGAAGAGCGUCGUUCUGGAGGGGUCACCAUGAAGAGCUUGGAUCUGCUCCUGCUGGCAUGUUGCUUAUGCAGCCUGAGCACACUGGGAGGUGCUGAUGAUUCCGAACAGUCUCUGACGAAGAGUCUGUUCGUCGGCUACAACGUUAAGGUCCGGCCGGCGCCCACCCCCGAGGAUAGGGUGGUGGUUCGCGUGGGGAUGAUUCUCUCCUCCUUUGUUGGACUGAAUAUGAAAAAUGAAGAAAUGAGCACAAUUGUCGUCAUGAAUCUGGAAUGGACUGACCAGCGGUUGACGUGGAAACCGAAGCAGCACAACGGCAUUGAGGUGUUGCGCAUUCCCUCCGCCAAAGUCUGGCUUCCUGACAUUGUCCUCAUCAAUAAUAACGAUGGGGUGUAUGAUGUGGCCCUGCAUGUCCAUGUUCAGGUUUACUAUACAGGCAGGGUAACCUGGACUCCCCCUGCUCUCUACUGCAGCUCCUGUGGAGUCAAGGUAACAUAUUUCCCGUUUGACUGGCAGAAUUGCACCAUGCAGUUCCGCUCCUACACAUAUGACUCGACUGAGAUCGAACUGCAGUAUGCGCUGGACUCAAAAGGCAACGAGAUCCGCGAGAUCGUGUUAGAUGAGUCUUACAGUGAGGGCGGCGAAUGGCGCAUCAGACACAAACCAAGCAGGAAGAACAUGAAUGACGACUUGUACGAGGACAUGACCUUUUACCUGAUCAUCGAGAGGAAGCCUCUGUACUACGUCCUCAACAUCAUCCUACCCUGCAUCCUCAUCACCAUCAUCGCCAUCUUCAACUUCUACCUGCCUCCCGACGCAGGUGAGAAGAUGGGUCUGUCAAUCAACGUGCUGCUCACCCUCACUGUGUUCCUGCUUCUGCUGGCUGACAAGAUCCCUGAGACCUCGCUGGGAGUCCCCAUCAUCGUCAACUACAUCAUGUUCACCAUGAUCCUGGUCACGUUCUCCGUCAUCCUCGGCGUGGUCGUCCUUAACCUCCACCACCGAUCCCCCAGCACCCACAGGAUGCCCAUGUGGGUCCGCAAGAUCUUCAUCCACAUGCUGCCGCCUUAUCUGGGUAUGCUGCGGCCCAAAGUGGAGACCCCGCUGUCCCUGGAGACUUUGCCGCGCCGGGAGAAAAAGAUAGUCACCAUCAGCAAAGUUGCUGAUGAGUACUUCAUCCGCAAACCCGACUCUUCCGUCUUAUUUCCCAAGCCCAACAGGUUCCAGCCUGAGGGCAUGUGUACAGAUCUCAGGAAGUUCAUUGAUGGCCCCAGUAGCUACCUCUCGCUUCCUGACGACCUCAAGUCAGCUAUCGAUGCCAUCACGUAUAUCGCUGAGGCUCUGCAGGCUGAGAAGGACUAUGAAGCACUCAAAGAGGACUGGCAGUACGUAGCCAUGGUGGUGGACCGCAUGUUCCUCUGGAUCUUCGUCGUCUUCACCACCGUGGGCACCUUGGCCAUCUUCGCCGACGCUAGUUUCAACCACACGCCCACCGACCCCUUCAAAUACCCCUGAAACACAAUGUCCUGAGUCACAGUCCUGCCAAUACACUUGGUGUCAAAAGAUAAAUUUCAAUUACAUCUCUAUUUUUGCCCAUUUAGAAGGAAUAUACUCUUUGUGAGUCGCCUUCAAGACCAACACUGACAAACCAGAUUUAUUUUACACUUAUUUUCACAAAGGAUAUGUAAUUUGAAUAGAUAUAAAAUAGUUAAAACUGUACUCUAUGUCUAAGAUCUGUGAUUAGUGCAUGAAAUAUAGCUACCAAGCAAAUGUUAGCAUACCUUACAUGUGUAUAAAUCUUACAAUAUAAA